AUGCCCACAAAACGCAAGCUUAGGUCCUUUACGCCGUUAUUAAUAGAAGCGGAAAAAAGAUCUGUAAAAAAUGGAGUUCACCACGCCGUGUUUACUUCUAGGUUUGAUAAAUACGUCGGGGAUUGGAAGAACGAUUUGAAGGACGGGAAAGGCGCUUUUGUCACUGUUUCUGGAAAAUUAUACGAAGGAGACUGGUAUAAAGGUUUUAGGCACGGUUUUGGUGUCUUAAGUAAUAAGCUGCCUGAUAAUACCUAUAAACUGGAGUACCGUGGCGAAUGGGUUCGCGGAAAACCAGAAGGUGUCGGUUGGCGUUAUUACGGCAAUGAAGACGUUUACUUCGGUUUCUGGAAAAGUGGUCAAAAACAUGGGUACGGUAAAAUGUGGUAUUCUGACAACACCUUUUACACCGGGUAUUGGAAUAAAGACCAGAGAGAGGGAUUGGGAAUGUUUGUAGAAGUUAAUGGAAACUGGUAUGAAGGCCACUGGGAAAAAAAUUUGAAGAGCGGUUUUGGCAGAUACUAUCACAUGCACACUGGACAACUACAGGAGGGCUGCUGGGUGGAAAACAUCUGCGUCAAGUCAAUGAUGUUAGAUAUUGAUGUGAGGCAGUAUUGUGAUAGGCCCACACAAUAUCCGAUACCAAUGGAGCAACUUCAGGACUCUCGACUUAUAUUAGAAAAGAGCGAAUUCUGGGUAAAGCAAAAAAUUGGUAGAAUUGAUAAAAAAUUACAAACGUGCAUUGAUAAAAUGAAUUCAACGUGACUAAAGAUUUUGUAACAUAAUUUUAUACACAUACAGUACAUUUAAAAAAUAUUUAUUUGAUA